CUACCCAGCCACAGACCAGAACGAUCUUGUCCAGAGGCUGGCUUCUGGAAAGAAAGGGAGACUUACAUUCCUGUCUGUUUCCAAAUUCUGCUUUCCAAGGUGGCCAAGGAACAGGGAUCAAGAGAACUCCGCCACUGAGUCUUUUCUCACAAAUUGGAAGUGCCUGGAAAUGGUGGGUGGAGUCUCAAGCAGUGAAAAGAAAAGGCAGGAAUUCAAUACUACUUCCGCACAUGCUGGGAUCAGGAGCUCACAGGACCUGGUGAGACCCUCAGCUCCCCUCCAGCUUCCCCGAGGUCCAGCACACCAGAACUGGGACCUGAGCAGCCCAGAAGCCAGGGUGGCACCACUGUGUCUCUCCUGUCUGAAGACCCGGAUAUUUUCUCAGACUUGGCGACGCACUCCAUUAAAAGAUCAGCAUGGAGACCCAUCCCUCCUUAGAAGUGAAAGGGUCGUGCCCAGACUUGACCAUCUAUGCAGGAGAAGUGACUAUUGGAGAAGAAGAUAGAAAUAAAAUGGACCCAAAGAAAAGAAAGCUGGAGAAGACAAGAAUUACAGAGGCUGCUUGUGCUCUGUUAAACUCUGGAGGAGGAUUAAUUGCUUUGCAAAUGACUAACAAGAGUGAGCAUCCUGUGGAGAUGGGACAGGACUUGGAAAAGUCUUUGAGAGAGCUUAUUAUGUCCUCUAAUAUACAGGCUUUCUUUGAGACCAAGCAACAAGAGGAUAAGUUUUACAUAUUUAUUAAAUCUUGGAGCUGCAACCCUGAAGAUGGUUCUACUAAGCCUCGAAUUUGCAGCCUGGGCUCUUCUCUGUACUGUAGAUCUUUAACUUCUAAGGUUGCCAUGGAUUCAAGAGAAGCAUUUGAAUUUCUGAAAGAUAAGAAGGCAUCUAUCAAAUACAGUCCGACUGAUGACAGAGCUCCACCUACUAAAAUUCCCAGAGCCACGUGUCAGAACAGCCUUGAAUCAAAUCCAGCUUUUGAAAUUUUCCAAAGUAAGAAACUUGAAUAUGGCCAACGCUUGCUUUUCUCUGAAUCCCCAUCUAUAGAGUUUAAACAAUUCUCUACCAAACACGUCCAAGAAUAUAUGAAAAACAUAAUUCCAGAGUACAUCUCCGCAUUUGCAAACACCCAGGGCGGCUAUCUUUUCAUUGGAGUGGAUGAUAAGAGUAUCAUCCUGGGAUGCCCAAAAGACAACGUUGACCGUGACUCUUUGAAAACUGUGGUAAAUGAAACAAUAUCCAAGUUGCCAGUUUUCCAUUUUUGUUCAUCUAAAGACAAGGACAAGGUGUCUUAUGAGACCAGAGUCAUAGAUGUGUUUCAAGAGGGAAAUUUGUAUGGUUAUCUCUGUGUGAUCAAAGUAGAGCCAUUCUGUUGUGCAGUGUUCUCAGAGGCUCCCGUUUCAUGGAUGGUAGACAAGGAGAAAGGUGUCUACAGACUGAACACUGAGGAAUGGGUACAUAUGAUGGUGGAUGUUGACCCAGGUAAGAGGAGAGAGGUUUUCCUUCUCUGUCCUUUCCCUCUUUUGAGAGCCUCUGUAUCCUUCACACUCUGGAAAUCUGAGUUCAUUACACCCACUGAAAAUCACACAGAAGAAGUUGAUAAAUCAGGGUGCAAUUAG